UCUGCUCUAUCUUCAAGGGUCCUUGUAACCACUUCUCAUCCACUCCAUCAUCCAUCGAUUACAAUGGAUCGCCAAAACCGCGCAGGAGCCUCCUUCGGCGGUGGCGGCGUCGCCUCCCAAUCGGCCACAAACGCCGACAGACGUGAACGAUUGCGCAAGCUAGCCCUCGAAACCAUCGACCUCGACAAAGACCCCUACUUCUUCAAGAACCACGUCGGCAGCUUCGAAUGCCGACUCUGCCUAACAGUGCACCAAAAUGACGGGUCCUACCUCGCGCACACCCAGGGGCGAAAGCACCAAACGAACCUCGCGCGGCGCGCCGCGCGUGAGCAGCGCGAGGGGAAAAACCAAGACCCGGCGAACCUGCCCGGCGCGAUGGGCGUGCAGGUCAAGAAGCAGACGAUCAAGAUCGGGCGGCCCGGGUACAAGAUCACGAAGGUCCGGGAUCCGCUGACGAGGCAGCUGGGGUUGCUGUUUCAGUUGCAGUAUCAGGAGAUCACGGCGGGCGUGGUGCCGCGGGUGCGGUUUAUGUCGGCGUUUGAGCAGAAGGUGGAGGAUCCGCCGGAUAAGAACUUUCAGUAUCUGGUUGUGGCGGCGGAGCCGUAUCAGACCUGUGCGUUUAAGUUACAGGCGAGGGAGAUUGAUCGGCGGGAGGGGCGGUAUUGGACUUGGUUUGAUGAGGAUAGUAAGGAGUUUUGGGUGCAGAUUAUGUUCAAGACGGAGAGGGAGGAGAGGUUUAGUGGUGUGCCUGGGUUGGCGCCUAUGGGGGCUGGUGCUUGAUUUUUUAUCUUAUUUCAUUGUUGUCCACAGGGAGAGUGAGGCGUUUGGGUUUCUGUCUAAAAUUGGUCUAAUAUCCUGUACUAUUGUUGAGAUCGAGCGUGCUUCAAUCAAUCUAUGCGAUGUCCAGC